AUGGUCCUAGGACCAGCUCGUGUCCUACUAGCUUUGAGUGGCCUGACACCCCUCCACCUGGCCGCCCAAGAGGACAGGGUGAACGUGGCCGAGGUCCUGGUGAACCAGGGAGCAGCCAUCGAUGCCCCAACCAAGAUGGGCUACACGCCACUCCACGUGGGCUGCCACUACGGGAACAUCAAGAUCGUGAACUUCCUGCUCCAGCAUUUCGCGAAGGUUAAUGCCAAAACGAAGAAUGGCUACACCCCCCUCCACCAGGCAGCCCAGCAGGGCCACACACACAUCAUCAACAUCUUACUGCAGAACAACGCCUCCCCCAACGAGCUCACUGUGAAUGGAAACACAGCCCUGGCCAUUGCAAAAAGACUCGGCUACAUCUCGGUGGUUGACACCCUCAAGGUGGUCACAGAGGAGACCAUGACAACAAUCGUAAGUGCACUUCUCUUUUCCUCAUGGCACUUGCAGAGUUCGUGGACCAUUGGCUCAUCGUCCUAAAACCUCACGCAACAGAGCCUUGCCUUGUCCUCCAGAUUCUAGAAAGCUGAAGUCAAAAUUGACGCUACACUCACAAAAUCACAGACUCAGAG